AUGUUUGAUCCCGUGGAAGAGAAGCUGAUCAUCAGCAGAGACGUGGUAGUUGAUGAAGAAGCAACAUGGGAUUGGACUGCUGAAGCAAAGAAGAAUUACACUUUUUAUCCAUUCACUAUGGAUGAAAGUGAUGAUGAACCUGAUACAGCUACACCUGUGACAAGUCCACCCAGUCACAGAGAGCCUGUCAGCCCAGAAGGAGAAUCUAGUGAGAGUCCCCGAGAAAGGCCACAGAAGUAUAGGAGACUUGAAGAAAUUUAUGAAGAAACGACAACCAUUGAAGGUGAUGAAUUGACACUCUACUGUCAUUUCAUUGAUAGUGAACCAGUUGAUGUUGAAGAAGCCAUGAAGGAUGAAAAAUGGAGAAGAGCCAUGGAUGAAGAAAUCGGAGCAAUUGAGAAGAACAAGACUUGGGAGCUUGUAUCACUACCUGAGAACCAGAAGCCCAUUGGUGUGAAGUGGGUAUUUAAAACAAAGAAGAAUGAAAAAGGAGAAGUUGUCAGGCACAAAGCAAGAUUGGUGGGGAAAGGGUAUAUCCAGAGACCAGGCAUUGACUAUAAUGAAGUUUUUGCUCCUGUGGCGAGAAUGGAGAGUAUCAGGAUGGUGAUAUCUCUCGCUGCUCAAAAUGGAUGGAAGAUACAUCAGAUGGAUGUUAAGUCAGCUUUUCUGAAUGGAUAUCUCGAGGAAGAUAUCUAUAUUGAGCAACCCCCUGGAUAUGUCGUUGAAGGUCAAGAAGAUAAGGUGUUAAAGCUGAAGAAGGCAUUGUAUGGUCUGAAACAAGCACCGAGAGCUCGGAAUAGCAGGAUUGACAAGUAUUUUCAGCAAAACGGGUUCAGUAAAUGCCCACACGAGCAUGCACUAUACUGCAAGGUGCAAGGGGGAGCAAUCCUGAUAGUUUGUCUGUACGUAGAUGAUCUCGUCUUCACAGGCAACGAUCCUAAAAUGUUUGAAGAGUUCAAGGAGACGAUGGUUCGUGAGUUUGAGAUGACAGACAUCGGACUGAUGUCAUAUUAUCUCGGUAUUGAAGUAACUCAAAAGGAGGAAGGAAUUUUUAUCUCACAGAGUGGCUUCGCAAAGGAGGUCCUGAAGAAGUUUAAGAUGGAGAACUGUAAUCCUGUGAGCACACCAGAUGAGUGUGGACUAAAACUAUCAAAGAAUGACAAAGGAGAGAAGGUCAACUCAACGGAGUUUAGAAGCCUUGUCGGAAGCCUGAGAUAUCUUACUUGUACCAGACCAGAUAUUCUCUACGCAGUUGGAUUAGUCAGCAGAUACAUGGAGGCACCAACUAUGUCACACUGGAAUGCUGCAAAGAGGAUAUUACGCUACAUCAAAGGUACAAUCGAUCAUGGUCUGCUUUAUACUAAGUCGGAAAAUUUCAAAUUGGUUGGAUACUGCGACAGUGAUUGGGCAGGAGACGUAGAUGAUCGCAAGAGCACUACAGGAUUUGUAUUUUUCCUGGGAGAUACAACUUUCACAUGGAGUUCAAAGAAGCAAGCUAUCGUGACACUGUCAACUUGUGAAGCUGAGUAUGUUGCUGCGACAUCGUGUGCGUGUCAUGCGAUAUGGCUGAGAAAGUUGCUGAAGGAGUUGAACAUGACACAAGAAGAGUCAAGUGAGAUUUAUGUUGAUAACAAGUCUGCCCUGGCGUUAGCAAAGAAUCCGGUGUUUCAUGAUCGCAGUAAGCAUAUUGAUACAAGAUAUCAUUUCUUGAAAGAAUGCGUGGAGCAGAAAGAAGUGACAUUGAAGUAUGUGAAGACAGAAGAUCAGAUUGCUGAUAUUUUCACGAAGCCGCUAAAGCAAGAUGUGUUCGUCAAGAUGAGGACGCUACUCGGAGUUACGACGAAUUAA